AAUGUCAAAAUUUCACACCUUCAAGCAAUAUAACAAAGGGAUUUAACAUUUUCUGACAAUAAUCCAAGUUUCAGAUUAAGAUGUGAUUAAUUAAGUUGAGAUACAUAUCAAAUCAAAAAUUUUAUGCAAUUUAGAAACAUAAAGAGCAAUAAAAAAAUGAAUCAGUAAUCUGUUGUCAAUAAAAAUUGGAAUUGAGCCAACGACUUAAAUAACUCAGUGAUUAUUUUCUUUCAUUGGAAGUAAGAAGUUCGAGUCGCAUGAUAUGCGGGUAGAAUGAGAUAAGGGAUGAGAGAUAGUUGUCUCUAAUUUUGCAACCAAGAUAAAAAAAUAAAAUAAAAAAAUAAAAAUAAACAGUACAACUAUAUUCUGGAUAAGAUGCAGCGAAAACUCUCAAACUGGAAAUGUGCUACACUGAGCUUGGCAGGCAGGAAGGUUUUAAUUCAAUCUGUGACAGCUUUUAUCCCAGCCUAUACAAUGCAAACAACUUUGCUUCCAAAGACAAUUUGUGAUGCGAUUGACCGUUUGAACAGGGAUUUUCUUUGGGGAUCAGUUUCUGGUGUCCGUAAGCCACAUUUGGUUAGUUGGGAUAUCAUCUACUCUGAGAGGAAGUAUGGUGGGCUUGGAUUGCGAUCUGCGUGGGAUAAUAAUCAGGCUUUUGUUACCAAGCUUGGCUGGCGUUUAUUCAAGGGUGAUAAGGCACUAUGGUGUAGAGUGAUGCAAACGAAGUACCUUUGCGGUCGUAACCUCCUGCAUGCCAGGGCUCAACCUAAUUCUUCUUUCAUAUGGCGAGGGAUCCUACGUUGUGGAUCAAUUUUGCAGCAGGGCAUCCGCUGGAGGAUUGGUACUGGUGAGGGUGUGAAAUUUUGGUCUGAUAACUGGGGGGGCAAUGUUCCUCUUAUUAAUACUAUGGAUGUGAGUCCUUCUGAUCCCUUGCUGCUAGUGGCAGAUGUUAUCAGUCCCGAUGGCACAUGGGAUCUCGAUAGCUCAAUGGAUGGAUCCUUCACAGUAAAGGCAGCAUAUCAACUCAUCCAAGAGCAAAAACACUCGAGUGAUGCCCCAAGAGAUUCAUGGCUAUGGAUUUGGAAGCUGCAAUGUGCAGAACGAAUUCGGAUGUUUGUUUGGCUCUUGGCGAGAGGGAGGGUCCUUACAAACUCUGUCCGCUUUACUCGCCAUAUGACUGCUUCUCCUACUUGCCCCAGGUCUGCUUUCUUUACAUUGGAAAUUAAUCCAUGGAUCAAGACGUUCUCAACUCCAUUCCGACAGAAUAUGCAUGCUGGUGCGCAUAAAUACAGACCGCAGGACCUAUGUGCUAAGAUUCUUCAGCAGACGCAGUAUUCCAUGAUUGCAAUGAGUCCAGAAUCAUCGAUUCGGUCACAACAACCACGAUGGAUUAGUUGGAUUCCACCAGAGGCGGGAUGGGUUAAAUUAAACUCUGAUGGGUCUUACAACGCUGCUGACAACUCUGCUGGAGCGGGGGGUUGGAUUAGAAAUAGCCUUGGCGAUUGGAUCUCAGGAUUCUCAGUGAAUGUGGGUGCUACUACUAUUUUUAUUGCAGAGCUUUGGGGCCUUAGGGAAGGGCUCCGAUUAUGUCACUCUCUCGGUUUGUCUCGGGUAGUUGCUGAAAUGGAUUCACUGAUGGCUGUUCGAUUCAUUCUUGAGAAUAGGAAGCCAGACAACCUGUCUGCCGCCAUUUUAUUGGAUAUUAAGGAUCUGAUGCUGAAGUUUGAGGCUUGUUUACUGCAACAUACUUUGAGGGAAGGGAAUGCUGCUGCCGACUUCCUAGCUUCCUUGGGACACUCUUCACCACCAGGUUUGAGAAUUUGGGAUUCUCCGCCCAGUGGAGUCAGGCUCAUCCUUACAGGGGAUCAACUGGGGGCAUGCUUCCUCCGCUUUUAAUUUAUCUUUAGUUCUGUUUCAUUUUCGCUGAUGUACCAAAAAACUAAGGGAUCAUUAAAUGAUCUAAUACCUGAGUAAAAGAAAUAGCUGACAGAAGGAUUUGUUUUCGUUGGCAAAUGUGUUUUUAAAGAAGUGUGGUGAUAUAAGGAUAAUUUUUUAUAAUUUUUAUAUAUUAUUUAAUAAGUGAAUACAUUCAAU